UGUACAAAAUAACAGUAAUUGUUAGAUUAGUUGUUCUUCUUGUUGAAAAGUUGACAUAUAUCAACUCUUCUUGAUAAGAUAACCAUUUUUAGAAAGAAAUCAUGACUUUUAAAAUUAUAUUCACCCAUUUCUCUACCAUAAUUUAAUUCCUAUUUUAUUGUGAUUAUAUGAUUUUAUAAGCUAUUUAUAGCUACAAUUGUUUAAUUAGAAUUACAAUAAUGUCUGCUCAAAACCCAAGGUUUAUGACCUUUUAUCAGUUAGCUACAUACCCACCAAAAAAACAACAGGUAUAACUAAUACUAUGGGCGCUGUUUCUUCAAUAUUUCCAAGAUCGGAAAAUCUGCAAUUGGUCACCGUUGAUGUCCAUGCUGCUAAUGAUCUCAUUCGUUCAGGUCAUCGCUAUCUCGAUGUCAGGACACCUGAAGAAUUUAACAGAGGACAUGUUGAUGUAGAAAAUUGUGUGAACAUUCCUUACUUCUUCUUUAACCCUGCAGGACGAGUAAAAAACACCAAGUUUUUGGAGCAAGUUUCAGCGGUUUGUAGCAAGGAUGAUCAUAUCGUUGUGGGUUGUCAAAGUGGAGUCAGAUCCGGCUAUGCUACCACUGAUCUUCUUAAGGCCGGUUACAAACAUGUAAGCAAUAUGGAAGGCGGAUAUGCUUCCUGGGUGGAGAAUGAGUUGUCUGUGAAAAAAUCAGAUGAUGCAGAGUUGUAAAUUUUCAGCAAUUUUGUUUAAAUAAUCGCCAAAACAAAUUAAAUUUGUGUUUUGUACUCUUUUUCUCUUUUUAUUUAUCCGAAUUUAGUUACUCCAUAUCAUAUUACAUUUUA